AUGACGACGAAAGCGUAUGGGUUUGUGCUCCAACCGCAAACGCAUUCUCCAAGGCCAACUCAGAUCCAACCCCAGCAUCACGAUAACGAAUCGGAUGCAACAGCGACCGACUUUCUCGACGAACUGGUCGCAGCCGUUUGGAAAGACUACCCAACUGACGACCUGUACAAGUUCAAAAGACUGCUUGACGUUCUGUUAGCUCAUUCCUACGCAAGCAACGAAUCGAUGCACCACUCGAACUGGUCCAGUACAAUCGAUCCUAUCGAGGUCCCAUUUGGCAGUGCAAGUGAAGAGGAAGAGACGUUCCAUGACGUUGAAAACGGCUUGACUCCCUUACCAAAAUUGAUCUCGACCGACGCCGACACGGACGCAUCGAUUGCGUUUGAUAAUGAGACUGGAUCGUCGAGCGAAGGACUGGAAAGUGCGGUAGGUGAUGAUGCCAACAUGCGCGUCGGUAAGAAUGUCUACAAUAGUGCCGCAGUGAGACUACUAAGUGGUAUGAUCGUGUCAAUCAUCACGGUACACACGUUCACUCUAUCUCUUUCAAUGUUGAAUUAG